AUGUGCAGAGAGCUUGUCAACAGCACCAGUGUGGACUACAAAUCCAACUUCCUCCAAAUGGAAGAGCGGGCCGUAGCCGGAGAGGAUGUGGUCAUCGAGGGGCCUUUCACCGUCUUUCAACUGGACACUUCCCCUCAUCCCGAUGGAGCGUUGGAGUUGCAGCUGGACACCCUACCUAGCUUGAUGGACGACCCUCUCACCGAGAUGCAGCCGUUCGAGGUCGACCCGGAAGUUCUGUUGCUGCAGGAGUCACCAAACGACCCGUCACCGCUUUCUUUGUCGUCUGUGCGGCACAGUAUAUCUGCAUUUGACGCCACUGGAGCCUUUGAGGAUGCACAACAUGACGAUUUCGCCUCCUUGUCAUUUCUAUUUCCGCCCGAAAACCAUGAUGCGUUUCUCGACCAGCUGCACCACUUUCCUGGCACUCAGGACAGAACAGACUUCAUGAAUUUCUCACUGUCUCCGCUAUCUCCUCAGGCAUUGACCCUCCCUGCAAGCUCGAAUUCUCCACUCUCGGCCGAAGAACACCUCCUGCUCUCGCAUUUCAUGUCCGAUUUUGUCAAAGUAGCCUCUCCAACCUUGGAUGGGAAAUCUCCAUGGCAGACUCUCUAUUUCCCAGAAGCUUUGAAGACACUCGGCCAGCUCACUCUGCGGAUCGAUCCCAGCGCAGCAAGCCUGUCACUGCUCUACUCGCUCAUGGCCAUCAGCGCAUUCCACCUCGACAGGCUAUCUGGGGCUGAAGCGGGCCAGGGUUACUGGUGGAAGAUUGCGGAAACCUACCAGACCAAAGCCAUGGCCCACAUACAGCUGAGCUUGCGCCAUGAGGUCGUCGGCCCCAAAAGGGCGAAGUACAAGGUCCUAUUGAUGGCCCUCCUCAUCCUGGUGACAGCCUGCAUCACGAACGGAAAACUCGUCGACGGCCGGAAACACCUCCUCGACGCCCAGCGCCUGAUCCACGUGCGCGGCAUCUCCAAAAGUAACCCGUCGCGAAAAGUGCAGAUGCUGCACGCCAUGUUCCUCUACCUCCGCAUCAUGGAGGAGGCCACCUUCGUCUACCCCAUCUCGGGCCAAAGCGACUUCUUCCAGAACCAGCUGCCGCCCAACGCGGCGCACCCCAGCUCCGCGCGAUACCCGUCCCUGGCGGCGCACCGGUGGUUCAGCGCGAGCGUCGAGGACGGCGUGCCCGCAGACUUCGGCGAGCUGGACGACUUCUUCGAGCGCUCCGGCCCGGCGCUGCGCCCGCUGUUCGCGCGCACCUACGGCGUGCCCGAGAGCCUCGUCGUGCUCAUGUCGCACAUCACCUACCUGGGCUGCGAGAUGCGCCAGGUCCGCGCCCGGGGCGGCCACCACCCGUGGCCCGGCUUCGGCGAGGACUAUGCGAAGCGCUGCAAGGCCGUCGAGGAUCUGCUGUGCGGCUGGUCGAUCAAAGAGCAUCAGCAGCAGCAACAGCAACAGCAACAACAGCAACAGCAUCCACCCCCUCACGAAGCCAACACGACAUCCCCUUCCUCCCCCUCUUCCUCCCCCUCCCCCUCCUCCUCCUCCCCAUCCCCAUCAUCACCCUCAGAACCAGAAGACCACGCCGCCUCCGCCUUCCACGCCGCCCUCGUCAUCUUCUUCUACCGCGAAGUCCGCGACACGCACCGCUUCCCGCUGCAGCACCUCGUCAAGCAGGUCCGCCGCCACCUCUUCGCGCUCGAGGCGCAGCGCAGCCGCCGCCGCAGCCGCAGCCGCAGCCGCAAGACGACACCGUCGUCGGCCGCCCAGCACCAGCCCGGCCAGCAGGCAGGAGGCGAGCCAUCGGCGUCGACGGCCCCGGCCCCGGCCUCGGCCUCGGCCUCGGUCUCGGCCAGCGUGCUGUGGCCCGCCUUCAUCGCCGCCGUCGAGGCGCUCGACCACGACGACUUUGCGGCGCUGUGCGCGUGGAUGCGCGCGUGUGCGGGGCGCUGCGGGUUGAGGAGCUUUGAUCGCGCGGCGGAUGUGGCGGCGGAUGUGUGGGCGGCGAGGAUGGGGGUGGAGGGUGGGGGGAGGGGGUUGGCGUGGCCGGAGAGGGUGUUGCUGAAGAAGAGUUUUUUGAUUUUGCCGUAG